GUCAAAAAUGUCAACUUGCCCUUAACUUCUUCUUCCAUUUGAUCCCAAUCCUAACUUUCUAUAAAAAGCCAAGAACUUGACACCAAAUCCUCCCAUUCCUUCCUCACAACACCGUAGAGAGAACCAAACAAGUCCCAAUAUAAAAGAGUAAGAACAAGAAGGUACAAUAAAACAAAUUAUUCAUGGCUGAUGAGUUCCAUGGUCUUAGUGGUAACUGGUGGAGCUCUAUGAGGAGUAGAAUCGCCGAUGAGCGGUCGGAUUCAUGCUUCAGAUGGACGGAAUCUCCGGCAAGCACUAAGAUGGCCGAAAGAAACACUGGCUGCGCCUUCGACAACUCCCCAGCAAGCUGUGUAACUCUUCAAGAAUCUCAUAUUGUUCAGCCUUCAGAUCACAUGGCAGGCAUGCCAGCCAUGGAUCCUUCUCUCCAGCUUUCUAUUUCGGGUCUAUUGUCUUCCUCAGCUGAUCACUGGGCUCAAUCCUACAUUGCUGAAAACUCUGAGCCAUAUUCUCAUUUGAAGGAUAUAAGCCAUGGCUUUUUAAAUAUAGAUCCGAGUUCUUCAGAGUCUGCCAUGAAUAACAACCCAAUCUUCUCUCCUUCUGGAUUUUCUCUUCACGAUAAUCUUCUUGGAUUUGAAGCUAGACCUCACCAGCAAGAGAGCUCAGGCGAGCUUCCUUCUAUACAGCAAAGAAGCUUCUUGAGCAAGAAUGCUAAUUUCAACAAUGGAAGUUCUGAUUUUUCUACUUUAAUUAGGCCUCUGCAGUUUGUGGAAACUGGUCUUGAGGAGAAAUCUGACUUCAACAAAUCUGCUGCGAAGUUUAAUUCAGAAGAAACUGUAAGUUCAAGCAAUCCAUCAAGAUCAAAGAAGCCUAGAAUUCAAACGCCAUCUCCAUUGCCAACUUUUAAGGUGAGGAAAGAGAAGCUUGGCGACAGAAUUACAGCACUACAGCAGCUGGUAUCUCCUUUUGGAAAGACGGAUACUGCAUCUGUUCUCUAUGAAGCCAUUGAGUAUAUCAAGUUCCUCCAUGAACAAGUCAGGACACUAAGCAGUCCAUAUUUAAGAAAUUGCAGCCAAAUCAAUCACCAACAGAACUCAGAGAGGCCCAAAGAUGGUGAAAGUAGAAGACAGCAGUUAAGAAGCCGAGGGCUUUGUCUUGUUCCUAUCUCAAGCACAUUCGAAGUAGCAUGCAGUACUGAGAUCCCUCAUACUAAUUUUUGGGCUCCUGCGUUUGAUAUGAUCAAUUAUAUAUAGGCAGGAAGAACAAAUCGAGGUUUUGUGGAGGGAUCGAUUAUGAGUAAGUAGAAGAGGAAAGAUAGAAGCUCAUCAGUGCCAAUGGUCCUUUAGCAUUAGUAGUUUAGUGAAUGAGAAGAAAAGAAGAAGAAGAAGAAGCUUCAAGGAAACUGGAAAUGAUGGGGAAGCCAGGAAAAUGAUGCGGAGCUACCAACCAGCUCUUAAUUUCAUGGUAUUUUUUACGAGAAAUGAUUUAUAUAUGCUCCUAUAAAAGUAAGAUAUUUCUCUCAUGUUUUUUAAUGGCAAUUAAUGUAUAUUGAAGAGAUUGAUAA